AUGCUCGAUUCUCGGAUUCUCCAUGUUAGUUGUAUAACAGCCUGCUUGUCUGUUUUCGCGUAUCGAGUUAUUCAAGACAUUGCUAUAGAUAUUAGGUUAUUGGAUUCAGACUCGAUAAGUGAUAAUAUUCAAUCUGAUAAAUUCUGCAACGUUGUCUUCGACCAUUUUCAUCUUGGAAUCUUCCUUCGCAAUGAAACGUUCUCAACUGAAAUCCUUCAAGCCAAGUUGAAGACGAUCUUCAGUAAAAUGUUUUUAAUCCAAUUCCUCAACGAGCAAGCAGAUUUUCUUCACAUUUUGGAAGAGGGAUUCUUAACAAUGCGAUUUGUAGCCUAUUUUGGUUUCAUGGCAGUUUGCAUAGCACUGAUCGAAGUGUUGGUGGUUCGACGAAUGGGACAUCUCGUGCGAAGCUAUAGAGCGUUGAAACAGUUGGAAUCAGAAGAGAGGAAGGAGUGGUUCAACUGUAUCAAAGAGUUUUCACAGGAGAAGAUGGCUGUCUUAUUGUUUUGCAUAGCAAGAAAUCAAGCUCCGCCCAUAAACAAGCACUACAUCGACUUUGGCGAGUAUGUCCGAGACACAAUUUCCCUUCGAGCCCGCUGCACCGAUAUCACACUCUUCGCCUGUUUUUACUGUAUGGUAGCUAUCGGACACGUGGCGACGAACUCAAUAUUCGUCAGAUUCAUGAAGACAGUACCGCUUCUGGAACGAAACCUAAAAACGAGACUUCGUGGAGAAUCGGUUUUCGUCGUCAUGUAUUUGACAUUGAAUGCGUUGGUAGCGCUGUCGGCGAUCCUGAUCGGCGCCACGAUUGUUAGCUACGCGUUCGUUCAUUCGGAUUAUGCCACAAUUUUUGUGCUAGAGAGCGCUCGACUGUUUAUUCGAACAAUGUAUGUGCUUGAUCGUCUCACUCAAUGUGUUUGUGCCAGUCGAAUGGAGAUGAUUGAGAACAGGCAAAACCGCCUAACUGAUGACCAAAUUUCUGCCAUUCUCGUCACUGGAUUCCAAAGUGGUGUCACCCGGAAAACAUUCCGGAAUAUUUAUAUUUAUUCGACACUUUUUAUGUCACUAAUUCUUUAUUCGUUUUUCGCGAAAAACGGUCUAUUCGUAAAUCGAAAACUUCUGGCGAUGCGAUUCGUGACGGAAGUCGUCAUCACUAUCGAUCGAAUCAUGAAUACCGAAAGGAUUCGGUCAACGGAACUUUUAUAA